UUUUGGUGGUCAAAGUUGUUUGUCGCGUCGAUCCGCAAGCGCGGCUUCAAACAAGACAUGUGGGUUGAAAUUCGCGUCAGUUGUGGAUAUCCGGCAUCGGACUUGGCAUCUCGACGCAUGUCGUCGUUUAAAGACGCGCUUUUUUCGUGAGUGCGAGCCGCCAAUGCAUCGAAAACGCCAGUUUUGACCGCAGGUACAAGCAAAAUGAAGAGCGUACUCCGACAAUUAAAUUAAUUGUACCAGUUAGCUUCAGUUUUUUUAAUCGUCGCUCGUGGUAUAACUUAAUCGGAACGUUCUUCUAUCUUAUCGCGAUAUUUAUCUUUGUUAACAUAUGUUAUUUGGGCAUAAUCGCACAAUCAAACCCCACAGCCCCGGUAUUGAUUGUGUUUAGAUUUGUGUAUUGAAGAAACAAUUAUUUUUGUCACUUUGUUUUUUCCUGGAAGGGGUUAUUUGCUGGGUUUUAACCGGUUUGUGUGCCCAAGUAAUUGGAAAACUUUUAUACAGGGUGGAAUAAUUAAUUGCCUUAGUACAGCUUCGAUAAUAUCGUUAUACAAGUUGGAGAUGACAGAGUUAAUUUGAUAAAGUAGUGCUCAAGCAAAGAUAUGAUGUUUCUUCCAAUUAUUCUUAAUUGGACGUUUACCAACUUGUCAAUAAGUUUUAAAAAUAUUUCACCAAACUUGCUUUUUUCACACGCCAAUUGAAUUUCCUCUCCACUUGUCUUCAAAUACGACGGUGUUUCACUAAAUAUUUACUUUACUGAAUACGGAAAUUACUAAUUAUGUAGAUUAGUGGAUUAUUUCCAGCUUGUAGUUUGAUGUGCUCGUGAAACAAUAAUCCUCUUGUGAAAAAGAAAAUCCUUAUAAUUUAUGCAAACUGUAGUGCUUUUGAAGCCAGUAAUAUCAAAUUUUUCAAUUCCGCAACUAGUGCAAAUUAAAAAGACAAAUUAAUUUGUUUGUCUGACCGAUAUUGGACCCGAUCUGUGCUCAAUUGUUUGAUUGAAAACGUGUGACAAUAAUUAUGUUUCAAAUGGAUGGGAAUAGUAAUAAUGGAGUAGUUUUUCCGCGGCAAUUUGUAACGGAUUUGUUAUUUAACGGUCACUUGAUAAUAGUUUACCGUUUUGUCUCGUUUAGGUGUCGAAUUGGAGUUAAUAAUGGCUCACAUAAAUCCCGUCAUGUCGGAUCUAUUAAAAUGUUUACACCAGUCAAUUAGAGCAAAUUGAGUUUUAGCAGCCGCCGCAGUUUACAUUUCGGCGUGAACUUCUUUCCCCUGUCGUAAAACUUUGCAUUUUAUCGUGAAAAGCGCACAACUCGCUUCAUCGAUAAUAACAGAGCUCCAAUUUGGAAAUUGAGUCGUUUCUUCCCGGCGUUUAGAUAACAGAGGAUUACAGAGUGUCCGUCCCGUUUGUGAUGUGUGAAUGGAUGAUAACACAAGAGGCGUUACUUGUACUAAUUCCGACAUGCAGUCGACUUCAAACGAGGACUCAGGGCAAAGGCAGUACCGGACGAAAGCUCUCUGGAAAAAUGCCGUCCGGAGAGUGUCGAGCGAGCGGGAAAAACGCAACUUUGCGGCCAUCGUCUUUGCCAUGAUGAACCACGAAGACGCGCGCCAUGUCAUCAAACAGGAAAGUACCGACAUGGAGCCGCCCAGCGCCACAAGUACGCUCCGAAACGGCAAACUCGAGGACCAGUGCGACUUUUACAACAGUUGCACUCACCAGGAUUUCUUCGCACGGGACGAUGACUGCACGGACGCCGCGCGCGAGGACUUCGCCAGUGUUUUCAAACGAGGGUUGAUGUACAAAGGGAUUUAUUGGCCCAGUCUCACCAAUAGUUUUCAGUGCAAGCACUUGGAACUUGCCUACUUGAGGUACUCUCAUCGGCAGAGGCAGAAAGCUCUGAUCAUUGUCAAUAUCGUGGAUUUCUUGCUCAAGGCCGCUUUGACCACAGUCUGGGCUUUAACACCCAACGAAGACCCCAACCAGGAUGACUAUCCCAGCAAUAUCGUAUGGUCAGUGUGUUGCAUGUCGAUAAAUAUAGCCAUUUGCAUCCUGGGGUGGUGGCGGUGUUUUGCCAACAAUUACCUCCACUGGGCGGCUGUUUGCACGUGGUUGCUCCUCACAACGCAGAGUUUUUGCGGGAACGGUUUUGGGUUCAGUAUCAAAGAAGAUCUGGUUUGGUAUGUGCUUUUCACAGUCUUCGUCCCAUAUGCUAUGCUUCCUCUGCCACUGAGGUGGUGUAUGAUCGCUGGGUGUUUAUCAGCCGUUGGGCACAUCAUCGUGAUUUCCAUCGAACUCUAUACCCCAAAAAGUGUCUCAUAUCUACACGACGACAAUGAGUGCAAAAUUCGCCGAAUCGUCGCCAAUUUUUUACUGUACGUUGCGGUGAAUUUCGCUGGGAUGUACACGAAAUAUCUGACGGAUCGGAGUCAGAGAAAAGCGUUCCUGGAGACACACCGCUCGAUGGAGACGCGCUACCGCACCCAAAGCGAAAACGACAAGCAGGAGAAGCUGCUCCUUUCGGUGCUUCCCGACUUCGUGGCCAAAGAGAUGAUCAGAGACAUAGAGCGCGAAGAGCGCGGAGGUGUCUUCCAGCCGCACCAGUUCCACAAAAUUUACAUUCACCGCUACGAGAACGUCAGUAUUCUGUUUGCAGACAUCAAGGGUUUUACCGCCUUGGCUAGUCAGUGCAGCGCCCAAGAACUGGUCAGGAUCCUGAACGAGCUUUUCGCCCGUUUUGAUAAACUGGCAGCCGAGAAUCAUUGUUUGAGGAUCAAGCUGCUGGGGGACUGUUAUUAUUGCGUGUCGGGUCUGCCAACGCCAAGAUCGGAUCAUGCACACUGUAGUGUGGAAAUGGGGCUGCAUAUGAUCAAAGCGAUCCGGGACACCAGGACUAAAACCCAAGUUGACUUAAAUAUGAGGAUAGGAAUUCACUCCGGAUCGGUCCUUUGUGGGGUCCUUGGACUGCGCAAAUGGCAGUUUGACAUAUUUUCAUACGAUGUCCGAUUGGCCAACCACAUGGAAUCCGGCGGGAUUCCGGGCCGUGUCCACAUAUCCGAAGCGACUUAUCAAUGCCUGAACGGGGCUUACGAAGUGGAGCCUGGGAACGGCCAAGAGCGCGACUGUUACCUCCGCGAACACGACGUCACAACCUAUUUAAUAAAACAAGUAGAGCCGAUGAAACCUCGCCGGAGACUUGCUUCCCGCCCUAGCAUUUUCUCUAACAAAUUGUGGCCCGACGACGAAAACGGCGGGAGUGCAAUGAGCUCUCCGAAGACGCCGUCCACUCCAGCAUCGCCCCCGCCCCAAACUUCCAUCGAGCGGAGCGACUCCGGGAUCCAGCAAAGCACAGUGGAGGAGGAGAACACGACGGACUGGACCCCGGAAAUCCCAUUUGAAAAUUUGCAUCAUGCCCUUUCCGGCGACUUGGACGAGGAUAUCGACUCGAUUAAUUAUCCUUACAAUAAGCAAAAGUACGAUUUGGCGGAGUCCAGGCGCAAAACCGGCACUUUCCGCUCGACUAUCGAGCAAGUGGACGAUAUCAUCGACCACAGCAUCGAGAUCGAGAGCAACAAACGCAUGCGAAGCGCGAAUGUGAACGCCUGGACUCUCAGGUUCAUCGACAAGGACAUGGAGUACCAAUUCAGCCAACUCCGGGAGGACAUGUUCAAGUCAAACAUGCUGUGUUGUUUCAUAAUUUGGCUGUUUAUCGUUGUGUGCCAAGUCGUUGCUUUCAAGCAUUUGGACGAUGUUGUUAUCGGUUUGUUAACCGUCAUCACUGUUAUUUUAACAUCGACGAGUGUGCUAGUGAUGGCAGAGGAGUUCGAGCAACUGCCUGAGUACCUCCAGAAAAUCUCGUACACUUUGGUGCACAACAGACGCAGCAGAACGGCGUUCAUCUGCGGUGUUAUAAUUAUAAUGGCAAUGACGAGCUCGGCGAGUUUGAUUUUAAGAGAGCAAGACAACGAUAACUGCCAUCCACCUUCAACCUCUUCCCUAAAUAGUUUAUCCACCCCAAACCCACCAAUGGCAAACACGUCGGAUAAAACCGUCGAACUGCUUUUGAAUUUGUUAACCAGUGGACGAAAUGUAACCAUCAUGACUUUAGAUUCGCCGAGACAAAACUGUUCCGAUAACAAUUGUUUGAGAAAUUUACUCAAAUCGAUCGAAAUCGACGAACUGGUCAAAGAAGCCGAAAAUAUCUCACUUCUCAACAGCGAAAUGACGGCCGUUAUCAACAGCAUCAAUCAAAAACUCAAAGUUCUGAACCAAACACUGCUAAGUAUUAAGCACGAAACGGUUCGAAAAAAACGCUCACUUGGUGAGGAUUCGAACCGAGAUUCUAAUAGUACAAAUGAUGCCGAAACGGACUCAAAACCGAGGUGUCCACACCCAGAAUACAUCGUUUUCACUUGGAUUCUGUGUCUCAUAGCGCUUGCCACAGCGCUGAAACUCUACUAUUUGAUCAAAUUAUUUCUAGCAAUAGUCAUGUUGACGGUUUACAUCGUACUCAUCCUGGAACCCUACGAAGAAGUCUUCAAAAACGCCUGCAGCGGCAACACGAUUCCGCUGCCCUUCCAAAUGACAAUCCUCCUCUGUGUUUUUUUCUUGAUGGUGGCUUACCACGCAAGAUUGGUCGAAGUGACUUCGCGUUUGGACUUCUUGUGGAAGCAGCAAGCUGAACGUGAACUGAACGAUAUGGAGGAGACGCGACACACAAACACCCAGUUACUGAAGAACAUUCUUCCUGACCACGUCGCUCAGCAUUUUUUGAGCAACGAACGCAACAGCGAAGAGUUGUAUUCGCAAUCGAGGGAGGAAGUUGGUGUCCUUUUCGCGAGCAUUCCCAACUUUACCGAGUUCUAUUCGGAGGAUAUCAACAAAGGGCUGGAGUGUAUAAGGCUGCUGAAUGAGAUUAUCGCCGAUUUUGACGAGUUGUUGGACGAGGAGCGGUUUAGUAUGAUUGAGAAAAUUAAAACAGUGAGCGCGACGGCCACUUACAUGGCCGCGUCUGGGCUCAAUCCCACCCAUAAAGAUGCCCUGAACACGGACAGUCCUGAGCAUUUAUGUGCCCUUAUCGACUUUGCCAUCGCAAUGCGUCAGAAGCUGGACGAGAUUAACAAAGAAUCGUUUAAUAAUUUUGGACUUCGGGUGGGGGUUUCAUGCGGGAGUCUUGUGUGUGGCGUCAUUGGGGCAAGAAAGCCUGUGUUUGAUAUUUGGGGUAAUACAGUCAAUGAGGCGUCUCGGAUGGACUCGACAGGGGUCAUAGGCCAAAUCCAAGUCCCCAAAUACACAGCACAGCUACUUGGGGUCCGAGGCUACGAGGUGAAAAAGCGAGGGAUAAUCGAAGUUAAGGGCAAAGGUCAGAUGGAGACCUACUUCGUGAUGGGGCGGCAACAAGGGCGCCCCCCCAGCUUCCAGCGCCAACCGAGCCAUUACAGCACCUUGGCGGCUGUGGUCUACGCCAUGGCCCAGACUCGGCGCAAACACACUGGACACACUCCCGGAAGUUCCGUGCUGGGGCGCGCCCGCACCCAGCAAAAAAUCGACGUGGGCAAGAAGAUAAUCAACUACAGUUCGAUGCGGAUACCCCAUCGGACCCCAGCGUACCCCAUCCGCCGCAACACGACGCGGGCCAACCAGAGAAACAUGCACGCGCGGUCCCAACCCAACAUGCGCCAGCUGGGCUCCGGGAGCCACCUGGAGAACAUCAAAUCGUACAAGUCGAUCGAUAAAGACAUCACCGUGAACAACAUCAGCAAAAUGAUGGUGUCCCAAUCCGCCCCCCACACCCCCGUGUCCGCCCCCAACCACACCGAAGGCCCCAUCUUCAAGUCAGUCCCCAGACUCCUGUCCGAGCCCAUGGUGGGCUACCGGUCGAAGUCGUCAUCGCCGGCGACCAAGACGAGCAAACUGGAGCGGAACUCGCCGCAGUUGGGGGACAGCUUCAAGGUGCGCUCGCUGGGCCCCCACGUGCCGGUGCACACCUCGCCGAAGCAUCUGAAGAAGGACAAGUUUUUCCUUAAAUCGCCUCUGAUUAAAAGGGACACGAAAAUUCAGCUUGAGAGAGGGGGCAGUAAGGAGAAACCUGAAAGGAUCAACUCGUUGGAUGGCACUCACGUUUAAUCGAUGUUUUUUUGGUGUCGUUUCAUUGUGAUAGGGGGGUUUGAGUAAAUCUAGUCAUUUUUUUAUUUUCGGGACCAAUUUAUCUCUGGAGGGUCUGCCGCUUUUAUGUUGUAAAUAAAUGUUGUUGGAACGUA